AUGGCCCAGACCUACAAUGCACCUGCGGCUGCGGAUCCGCCUAAGACGGUUUACUGCCAUGGCUACUCUGCGGACGUGGAUACGAUCCGUGAACAAGAAUAUCCGUUAUUGAAUGAAACGACUUACUUGGACCAUGCGGGAACAACAAUAUAUGCCAAGUCCACGAUCGAGGCUUUUUCGCGAGACAUGACCUCAAAUCUCUUUGGAAACCCCCAUUCCAUGUCACAAUCGUCGCAGCUCACCACCCAACGCGCGGACAAUAUUCGACUCAGGGUUCUCCGUUUUUUCAAUGCCGAUCCAGAUGAAUACGAUUUGGUAUUUGUUGCAAAUGCAACGGCGGCUAUUAAGCUCGUGGCGGAUUCGAUUCGAGAUUCCGACCACCGAGGGUUUUGGUAUGGCUAUCACGUUGAUGCCCAUACUAGCUUAGUUGGGGUGCGAGAAUUUGCGGAUCUUGGCCACGAAUGUCUGCAAGGGGAUGACAAGGUAGAUGAUUGGAUCUCAGAAUUGGGUACCACCCAGUCAAAAGCACCCCAACUUUUUGCCUACCCCGCACAGUCAAAUCUGAACGGUCGUCGCCUUCCACUGAGAUGGUGUAAGGAGGUCCGCUCGGCUGCUGCCGUCCACGGAUCAAAUGCGUAUACGCUGCUCGACGCCGCCUCGCUAUUAACAACUUCACCAUUAGACGUGAGCUCUGUAGCCCCGGACUUCACGGCGCUGAGCUUCUACAAAAUCUUCGGAUUUCCAGACUUGGGUGCCUUGAUUGUCCGCAAGAGCGCCGCCCGCGUCUUUGAAAGACGCAAGUACUUUGGCGGAGGCACCGUUGACAUGGUUGUAGCGGCUGGUACUCAGUGGCAUGCCAAAAAGGAAACUUCGCUGCACGAGCGACUGGAGGAUGGUACCCUGCCAUUCCACAAUAUCAUCGCUCUAGACGCUGCCAUGGAUACCCAUGAACGUUUGUACGGCUCGAUGGCAAAUAUUUCUUCGCACACCGCAUUUUUAGCUAAGCGCCUCUACGAUCGUCUGUCCGUGCUAUCACAUUGGAACGAGACGCACGUUUGUCAAGUAUAUCAGCCCAGUUCGGCCAAAUACGGAUGCCCACUCACUCAAGGUCCCAUUGUGGCCUUCAAUCUAAGAAACAGCCAAGGCGAGUGGAUUCCCAAAACGGAAGUAGAGAAAUUGGCUACUGUGCAGAACAUUCAAAUCCGGACUGGCUCAGUUUGCAAUCCCGGUGGUACGGCCUCAUCUCUUGGAUGGUCGAGUGCUGAAAUGCGUGGUCUUUAUACGACAGGGUUUCGCUGCGGUGAUGACAACGAUAUUGUGGAUGGCCGGCCCACUGGUGUCUUGCGAGUCAGCAUUGGUGCAAUGACAAAUAUGAAAGACAUUGAUUCUUUGCUCGACUUUAUUGCGGAGUUCUAUGUGGAGAAUGCUCCACCAGUUGUGUCUGUGAACUCACCUGCGGAGCAUGAUUCGGCCAGCCGCCACUUAUACGUUGAAAGCCUUUCGGUCUUCCCAAUCAAGAGUUGUGGGGCGUUCAAAAUCCCCGAGGGUAAGCGAUGGGAAGUGAGAAGAGAAGGACUAGCAUGGGACAGAGAGUGGUGUCUGAUUCACCAAGGAACUGGCGCAGCAUUGAACCAGAAAAAGUACCCACGGAUGGCAUUAAUCAGGCCUUCGAUUGAUCUAGACCGUGGGGUUCUCCGUAUCACCUGUGGUGUCAUGGCCGACUCUGUGAGUCUCGAGAUAUCUCUCGGGUGGGAGGAUACAACCCUCAUAUCCACGUCGUUGUGCCCAAAUACCACAAAGCGUUCUGUGGUAUGCGGCGACCAAGUCUCUUUGCAUGCUUAUGCCUCACCAGUGGUGUCAGCAAUCUUCUCCGACUUCCUCGGUGUACCAUGCACACUGGCUCGAUUCCCCAGUCAAACGGCCAACCGAUUCUCUCGACCGAGUCGUCUGUCCAACAACACAUGGAAGAGCAAGUUCCGCAAGCUUAUCAUGCCAGGCUCAUUCCCACCCGACCUCCCGCCCCCAGUCGGGGAUAACGGACGAAGCCCUCUUUUACUAUCCAAUGAGAUGCCAAUCCUAGUUGUCUCGCGCUCAUCUGUCAAUCGCUUGAACGAAGUCAUCAAAUCAGGAGGCAAGCAAGGCACCGGUGCAGGCAAAGCAGUUUCCGCCGAUGUAUUCCGUGGGAAUAUCGUCGUCGCCGAAAGACUUGCUCAGAUAGGCGAUGUAGAGCAACCGUACAUUGAGGAUCACUGGGAUUCUUUACGAAUUGGACCAGGCCAGCUUCGGAUGGAUGUUUUGGAUGAUUGUCAACGCUGCCAGAUGGUCUGUGUCGACCAGUUCACAGGACAGCGGCGUGACGAGCCAUUCUCAACUCUUGCAAAGACAAGGAAGAUGGAUGGGAAAGUGAAUUUUGGUAAAUAUGCGGCCCUUUCCAAGGAGCAGGACGAAGCAUUGGAUUUGGAUUCUCAAGACCGCUGGACGGUCAUGGUUGGAGAUAUUGUUGUGCCGGAUCUUGCCGGCUAA